AAUCAGUUAGUAAAAUUUCCUGAAAACACACAACUGAACAGCUGAGCAACUUAUGUAAGAAAAUCACACACAAAAAUGUCGCCGCUGAUUGCCUGUUUGAUCCUGUUGCUCAUUGCGAUGUUGCAACAUCAACGUGUCGAGGCUGGUGCCUAUCAUGCCAUAUUUAAAAGUGAUGAGCAUCCCAAUAAAUGUGUUGUGUCUUCACCUGAGGGUGUUCAAUUGGUAAUCGAUAGUGAUCAGACUGUGGCUUAUCCGGGCAAAUGUGCUGAAAUUUAUUGCGGUCGCGCUAGUUGGGCUUUGGUCUACACUUGUGAGAAUGCAGAUCUGCCCACUGGCUGCAAAUAUAAUGAAUCUAAAAAUGCUAAUACAACCUUUCCCGACUGCUGCCGUCUUCCCCUUGACUGCAAUCUAGCUUAAAGUAAAUCCCAUUUUAGUUUGGAUUAGUUUAUAUUUUGUUGUUAAUUGUCAAAUUAAUCGUAAUUGAAAUCAAGAAGAGGUGGCUAAAUAAAAAGUGUAUUUUAAUUGAAUAUUAA